AUGUCUGCCAACGGCGAAUCCUCAGCUUCCGCCACGAGCUCCUCAGAGCCAAGCACAAUGCCAGCACUUCCCUCAUGCGGGAAUUGCGGCAAGCUCGAGACGUCGACAGAUGCAGACGAGCAAGAAGCCAAGCUCCUGAAGCCCUGCAUCAUGUGCAAAAGCGUCUCGUACUGCUCGCGGGACUGCAAGAAGGCCGACACGAAGAAGCACAAGAAAGUCUGUGCCAAGGCAGCGCAGGAGUAUGCUCAGAUUCACGAGAUCAAGAUGGCAUCUCGAGCACCCCCGAAGGCGGAUGCCCAUCAGAAGGGCCUGCAAAAGUGGCAGUUCGAUACGUGA